CCCAUGCAAGGAAGUAGGCUACGUUAUCAACGACCUUUAACUUGGUAUAUAUCAGUAAUGAGUAAAAGUUAUAUUUAAAGGUGAUAUCAUGUUAUGUAUGAUAAAGAUAACGGAUAUAAUGUUAUAUUUAAAGAUGAUAUACUAGUAAGUGGGCAAUAAAACAGAUUAAAGUGAAGCGUAUAUACAUAGUUAAACUUGUUUCACUGUAGGAUAAAACAGGAGUAAAGAAUAUGUUGACGGACAAAAAUUUCACUGACUUGAAAGUGAAGGGGUACACAGUUGUUACUGACGUUCUCACGGGGGAAGAAUGCGACCAAACAGUUGCACAAUAUAGGGAGUGGUUAUCACAGUUCAAAGAUGGGGAAUGGCCCUUCUCUGUUAAUUCUCUUAUCCAAAGAUAUAACGCUGGGAAUAUGCAUCCAACAUGGUUUGCCAGACUGAAGUCAAAAAAGGUUUUCGCACAAGUUUGGAAAACGGACAAACUGUUAUCGAGUAUUGACGCGAUUGCAAUUGGUCGCCCACCAGAGAAUGGGGAGGAACAGUUUGGUAUGCCGGGCGACCAUUGGUUGCAUCUGGACCAAAAUGCGUCGCGUGACGGUCUACAUGCCUAUCAGGGGGCGGUCUACCUAGAAACUGCUGAUGAAGAUGAUUGGACCUUACAUGUCUUGGAAGGCUCGCAUUUGCAGUUCAGUGAUUUUUAUGAAAAUAAUACCAGGGCAUGUAUGAGAUCCGAAAUGAAUAACUACUAUUCAUUACUCGAUGAGGAAGUUCAGCAGAUGAAAAGCAAAGGCUGCAUACUGAAACGUGUUCCUGUUCCUAAAGGUGGCAUGGUUUUGUGGGACUCUAGAACGGUUCAUGCAAAUGCAAGCCCAUUAAAAGGGCGUAAAAAACCCGGUAGAUGGCGCUUUUGUGUAUUCGUUUCUAUGACUCCAGCAAUCUGGGCAACAGAAGAGGACAUGAAAAAGAAGAAAGAAGCGUACGAAAAGGCAUGCAUGACUACGCAUUGGUCAUCACAAGGGGUGAUGUUCUUUAAAACAUCAAUUCCCUCCUUUGCUCCACAGGAUGUUGAGUAUCCAACAGAACUACCCGAAAUUGCAAAAUCGCGUGAAGCAAAAUUAAUAUCCGGGGCAUUGCGGUACGAUUUCCAUGAUGGAGAACCCACAGGGGAAGAAUUUAAGCCAACAUGGAGGAAAAGAGCUCUCCAUAACGGGGACAGUUUUGAACUAGAUAAGAGAAAGUUACUUAAAUAUGGUAUCGCAUCUCUCGCAGUCGUAGCUGGCAUCAUAAUUUUUAAGAUGAGCAGAAAGUAAUUUCUACACAGUUCAUUUCUGUACAGUUGAUUUGAAACACCAUCGAAAUUAAAAUCAGUUAGUUUAUGUAAGGCAUAAUUAAACGUUAUUUGUGAGAUUUAUUGCAGUAUGUGAUUUAUUUAUUUAUUAAACAGACAGAAACUAUAUGAUAUGUCAUUUGAAACAUCCGAGCCAAUGGAUGAAAGUAAAUUGCGGUUCAUACCAGUACAUCAUUUAAUUGUUCAAGUUAACAAAUAGGAGGUAGUUAAUUGUUUUAUGGCGCGUUUAUGACUGAGGAUGAAGGGAUGCAUGGUAGCGACCCUUGUUAGGAUUGCAGGAUGAGUGCCGAUCAUACUACUGAAUCCCUCAACGUACUCAGAUACAGGGAAGAAGUGGCCGGCCGCCAUAAGUUACAACUUUUUGUAUCAGAUCAAAUAAAGUGUUAUUUCUAGUUAUGUAUAAAAACAAUUUAUACGAAUUAAAUGAUAAUUUUAUAUCAUUA